AUGCGCUCAACUAACUCCGAAAUUUUGCGAAUGGUACCAGAAGUCAUUGAAAAGCGCCAAGGCGAAUAUGGAGAACGGACCUAUCAAAACCAACAUCUGAUAUACUUUGACAGUCCCAUUGCAAUAUGGAUGGCCUUACAAGCAACCCUAUCCAUGAAGCAUGACUCAUCUUUCAACAUGGGUAAUCGCUUAGUAUUAUUGGCAGCCAUGCAAAGCAUGAUCUAUACAACAGUCGUUGCGAAAAACACAAUACUGAUGCAAAUGUGCGAGUUUCUCAUUGCAACAAUGCUGUGUGGCAAUCCAGGUCAUACUUCUUCUGUUGUAGCCUUGGAACACUCAGUACAUCGCUAUAACAAAAGCUACGAGGCGAAUAGUGUAGUAUGGAACGCGUAUAAACUAAUUGCUGAGUACGAAGAAUGGCGAGGACGUGCGGGAUUCGGCGGAAUGAUCCUCAAUACAGCAGAGUCGCUCCUCGAAGUGGCUGAAUCAAUGCCUAGUCAUGCAGCUUUGUUUGUGGAGACGGCUUGUCGGAUAUGGGUUAAACAAGGACGAUGUGAAGAGAAAAUAGCUGAAGCUAUUUCGAAAAUCCUCAGGAAGUGUCCUCAACUACUCGGACGGUUUACACGAUUUCUCCAAGCAAUCGAUUUCGAUCAUGAGGUCGAAUUAGUUGUGGAUGAAGUUUGCAGCAUGCAGAACACUACUCUUUCUCCGAGCGAUCCGGCUUGGUUAGAUUGGUGCCAGUCACGUAUUGAGCGUCCGGAGAGGUAUGGUAAAAGAACCGAGGUCCUGUCACGUUGUGUCGAUGCGCUGUUCCGAUUCCUUGACUACGGUUCGAAUAGAGGCUCUGCUCGGGCUUGGGUUCUACUUCACACUGUUGUACAGCUAGUCAACCCUAGCUUGCUUGUACCAAUAUGGGCCCAGAGAUGCGACUGGUGGCCUAGGUUUCAUACAGUACCUUUACCUGCUGAAGCAGACGCUCGAAGAGCCGAGCUGUUGGCAGCACUUGCGGAAACGCCCAUCGAA